GCACAUGCUGAUGCCCCUGAGUGGGCUGCUGCCGUGGUGCUGCUGCUGUGCCCAGUACCGCUGUAGACUGUGCCCCCCAGCCCCCCAGAUGUUGCGCCACCAAGGUCUACUCAAGUGCCGCUGCCGUAUGCUCUUCAAUGACCUGAAGGUUUUCCUCCUGCGGCGCCCCCCUCCAGCGCCCCUGCCCAUGCACGGGGAACCCCAGCCCCCUGGUUUGGCGGCCAACAACAACACCCUUCCGGCUCUGGGUGCCGGCGGGUGGGCAGGCUGGAGGGGCCCUCGCGAAGGGGUGAGCAGGGAGACCCCUCCCCUGCCACCUCCACCACCUUUGCCACCUUCUGUGGAAGAUGACUGGGGUGGCCCAGCCACAGAGCCACCUGUCUCGCUGCUCAGCAGUGCCUCGUCAGAUGACUUCUGUAAAGGGAAGGCUGAGGAUCGCUACUCCCUGGGCAGCAGCCUGGAAAGUGGCAUGAGGACCCCACUCUGCCGCAUCUGCUUCCAGGGGCCAGAACAGGGGGAGCUGCUGAGCCCGUGCCGCUGCGACGGCUCGGUCAAGUGCACGCACCAGCCUUGCCUCAUCAAGUGGAUCAGCGAGCGGGGCUGCUGGAGCUGCGAGCUGUGCUACUACAAGUACCACGUCAUCGCCAUCAGCACCAAGAACCCUCUGCAGUGGCAGGCCAUCUCCCUGACAGUCAUCGAGAAGGUUCAGAUUGCAGCUGCCAUCCUGGGUUCCCUCUUCCUCAUCGCCAGCAUCUCUUGGCUCAUCUGGUCGACCUUCAGCCCCUCAGCAAAAUGGCAGCGCCAAGACCUCCUCUUCCAGAUCUGCUAUGGGAUGUAUGGAUUCAUGGACGUGGUGUGCAUAGGCCUCAUCAUCCACGAGGGACCCUCUGUGUACCGCAUCUUCAAACGGUGGCAGGCUGUCAACCAGCAGUGGAAAGUGCUGAACUAUGACAAGGCGAAAGACCUGGAGGAGCAAAAGACAGGAGGCAGGACCAACCCCCGGACCUCCUCGUCCACCCAGGCCAACGCCCCCUCCUCAGAAGAGGAGGCUGCGGGCACCCCUGCCCCCGAGGAAGGCCCCGCCCGGGCGGCCGGCCACCCCUCAGGCCCCCUGUCCGAUCACCACUGUGCUUACACCAUCCUGCACAUCUUGAGUCACUUGCGACCUCAUGAACAGCGGACCCCGCAGGGCGGCAGCCGAGAGCUGGUCAUGAGGGUCACGACGGUGUGAGCCGAGAGACCUGCGAGGGAGCCGUGACCACGCACGUGCAAGAGAGAGAGAGCUAGAAGAGGAUGGGCCGGGAAGGGCUCGCCCCAACACGAUGCCACCGCCGUCUGGGCAGCAGGUGUGGAGAGGCACCCAGGGGCCAGAGGGUGGGCAGAGGGCGGUGGGCCUUGAGGGCCCCGGGGCAGGGUCGGAGCUGGAGGGAGGCUGGUGCUGUGAGCGGGUGAUUUUCAGCAAGUCGAUUCCAUUCUCCAACAAGAGGGAGGAAAACCAAGACAAACUCAACAACGAAGUGCAAUACAGACUGAGUCUAACAAAACACAACGCACCCACCUGUGCCCCACCCCCGAGUCUGUGCAAAACACCUGGGCAAAGUGGCGGCUGGGAGAGGGGGGAGAAGCUUUGUGUCUGGCGGUGGUGGCGGCCACAGGCGCACAUGUGGGAACAAAAGCACUUGUGGCCUGUCCUGUUUUAGCCCUGAGCUUGCUUUGGUUUCCUCUUGGGCUGUGUUCCAGGGGCAGUUGAGGGGGGUGGGAGAGGGAUGGGUGUGGGCUGGCAGGGAGGAGAUACGUGGUGUUUGUGAACCCCUGGGCUCCCCUGGGUGGGCAGGAUUCCUGACUCGAGGGCCUGGGGGGGACGUUGGCGCAAGGAGGGAGGUGCUGGUCUGCAUGACCAGAGGGAGGGGGGUUUCUUGCUCCCUCCAAACCUUCCAAACUGGAACUCCGAAUUUCAGAUGGGCUCAAAGAGGGCUUAGGUUUGGAGUUGGGUGUCUUUUUGUGCCCUUGUUACUUUAUUUUAUGGUGAUUUGGCUCAAAGAUGUUUACAGGAAAUACGCACACACACACACACACACACAUACACAUACACACACACACACACACAACUAAAGUACAGAUCUCCCAUGGGUAGCUCAAGCACAGUCCUGCUGCUGUGGCUUCAGCCUUCAAGCUGUCAAUCCAGGAGUGAUUUUCCCGACCACGCAACCCCACCCAUGGCCGGGACACGCUCUGUGUCACUGCCCCUCCUGGUUUGGCACAUGCUGAGACCCCAGGGCCCCCCACGGCAGGGCACAUCCUGCCCAGGGUCUCCCAGGAGAGCUGCUGCAGUGAACGGAAGGAAGCUGGCCAGAUGUGCCCCCAAGGAGUGGAGCGGAGACCCAUCUCAGUAUUCCUUGCUGUCAGGGCCCAUCCCCAGGGGCAGUUCGGCUAGUCCAUCAGUGCUACAUGCUCCCUGGUCCCUCCCAGGCAGCAGGGAGGGCCCAGGGACCCUCGCAGGGAGCACUGUCCCUUGAGCCCACCUGCUGGUUCUGGGACCCUGCCAGGGAAGGCCACGGGGUGGUCACCUGGAGUUUCUCCUUGUCAUUGCACAAUGGCCGCGUCAUCCGUGGGUAUUAAAGGGACACUGUCAAGUACUUUUUUAAACUAGUUUUUAGGGUUUUUUAAAACUCUCUGUUGUUUGUAUUAUUCUCUUAAAGCUUGAAAAUAAAAUUUCUUUCCCUACCA